AUGGCUCAGACGCCUGACACCGCUAAGAGAUCAAUCAAGCUCACGAGAGAACUUGCUCAAGUGCCCAUUACGUCUGUAGCGUUCUACACUACACCAACUGGCAGACGAUACAUCUUGGCUGGCGAAGAUGGCGACCUUGUCAUAUAUGACUGUGCUGCCAGUGGCACUAAACCACCCAUCUUUCGGAUAUCUGUGUUUGAAGACCAGCCUGUGCACGGCAUCCGGGUUCAUAAGGAUGAAACCACUUCCAGCAGCAGAAUCCUCAUAUGGGGAGCAUCAUACUUGGCUCUCCUGGACGGCAACCCUCUCAAUAAGGCACAACAGCCCGUGAUUCUGGCAACCACAACAGCUCUAGAUUGGAUCUACGACGCAGCCAUAUCACCAUGGGAUUCAUCACUCGCCGCUUUGGCCACCGCUCACAAUGAAGUCAUCCCAAUGACAUACGACUCUGCCACUCGCACCUUAUCUCUCGGUGCUGUAAUCUCACCAUCCAGACCAAUGCUCUACGCGUCCCAUCUGCGAUGGACAUCACCAACUUGUGUCCUCGUCGCAGCGGGAACCGUAUUCGGCGACGUCAUAGUCUGGAAAUAUCACCCAAACGUCUCCUCCCACACAACCCUCUAUGUACUCCGCGGUCACGAGGGAUCCAUCUACGGAGUCGACAUUUCUCCAGAGUUGACACGAAACGGCAUGCCGGUGCGCCUCCUCGCAAGCUGUAGUGAUGAUCGGACCAUACGAGUAUGGGACAUCAGUGAACACGAGGGACCUCACGAAUCUACGCUUAACGGGGCCGUGGAAACGGGCUUCAAAGCAGCAGAGCGGUAUGACGAGGUGCAGACUACUUCUGACGGAGAAGUUGUUCCCGUAGCGGUAGCAAUGGGCCAUGCCUCUCGCAUCUGGGGUGUGAAAUUCGCAGUCGAAGAGGGACAUGGUCUCGACGAGAAACUCCCUCUAUAUUCCUUCGGAGAAGACGCCACUACACAACGAUGGGAAUUGUCUCUCGGUGCAGACACGCCAUUGUCGGGUGUUAUUUCGCACCGACACACGUAUCCGCUACACAAUGGGAAGCAUCUCUGGGCACGAGCGCUGGACGUACGACGUGGGAGAAUUGGCAUUGCUACCGGCGGCGGAGACAGCAAGAUCAGUUUCAUUGAAGAAGAGGAGGGUGACUCGGAAGCCGGCACCAAGGUAUUGACGAUAGAUGUGCCUGAUCUGUUGCACUCGUUGUCGAAUUCCGCUGGUGCUCGUGAGAUGAUUAGUCGGUAUGACUUUAUCCUCGAUGACAAUCUACUUGCCAUUACGAACUUGGGGAACGUAUUCCUCGGCACAUUGUCACAGCAUAAAUGGGAAGAAGUCCCUGUAGGUGAGGACAUCGCCGCAGACUUGAAAUUAUGCUACGCCCUACGGAAAGUAGGUCGCGAUGCGGCCGUGAUAGGAACCACCAACGGCAAGGUCUUCCUCUUUCAGAACCGGCAAAUCAAGCUCGUGGGGGAUGUGGCAGGCAGAGUCACAGAUGUCAACGUACUCUCCUGUACGUCCAACAUCGAACUACUGGUUCAUCUACACGGGUCUCCAUCAUCGCGGUACUUGACCCUCUCGCCGACAGGAGACCUCCUCUACGAGCAGGCAAUUACAAACCUCGACGCCAGAUUCGUUGCCAUAUCUGCCACAAGACUAGACGAACUACUCAUCAUGGGCUCCAGACACGGCUGGAUAUCCGUCCUCUCACUCAAAGACAAAAAAUGGCAGCCCCUUCUAGAUAUAGCAUCCCGAUCCCGCGACGCAAUCACCUGCAUCGUUCCCCUGCCACCAACACAAAACCCACACUCAAAGUCAUACAUCCUAGCCACAAGCCGCGACGGCAAAUACAGAAUCUACGAAGUCCAUCGGACCCCCAGCCUCACACUCACCCUCCUCCACGAGACGAGUCUCCCCUUCGGCCCCAUGAUAGAAGGCGCAUGGUUCACAACAUCCCCCAAACCACAACUCCUCCUCUACGGCUUCCGAAGCAAAGACUUCGUUAUCUGGAACGAGUCCACGAGAGAGGAACUCGCCACCGUAGAUUGCGGCGGCGCCCACCGCACAUUUCGCCUCAGUCACGACCUGUCGAAACCCGAACGAUACAGAUUCGCAUACACCCGUACAUCCAAGCUGUGCAUCUACUCGCAGGCUCGUGUGCCGUACCGCACAGUCAGAUCCGGCACGCACGGCCGUGAGAUUCGAGCAUUGAGCGCUAAUAAGCGGUAUGUUGCGUCGGGAGCUGAAGACACGUCGAUUAGGAUAUGGGAGUAUGUUGCUGGGGAUGGGCCGCAGAUGCGGUACUUGGCGUGUAUGAAGGCACAUGUAACGGGGAUCCAGAAACUACAUUGGUUUGAGGAUGAUUAUCUGUUUAGCAGUGCUGGGAAUGAGGAGUUUUUUGUGUGGCGAGUUCGGACUUUGGAUUCUGCGUAUGCUGGUCUGGCGGUUGUGUGUGAGGGCGUGUUUACGGAUAAGAGUCCGAUAGGAGACUUGCGCAUCAUGGAUUUUGAUGUGUCUAGGAGGGUUGAGGGGGGGAAGGUCGUCAUAUCCUUGGCUUUUUCUAAUUCGAUGGUCAAGACGUAUGAUUUUGGGGAUGACGGGAGUUUCACGUUAAUCUCCAGCGGGCUCUACACCGGCGCUUGCAUCACGCAGCUGAGACAUCUCUCCCAUGAGGAUGGACAACUUUGGAUAAUGACGGCUUCAACAGAUGGACAUGUUUGUCUGUGGGAUACGAUAAUGGAGGGCUCUGGAGUCGGAAGCUUUACACUACGGGCUGCCGCUCAAGUACAUCAGAGCACAAUUAAGAGCCUCGACAUGGUCAGAGUCGGCGACGAUAUCCAAAUAUUGACAGGAGGCGACGAUAAUGGUAUUGGGUACACGGAAAUUACGGAGGUCAAGGAUGAAUCCGGUAGCACAGGGUACAAGUUUGCGUCUCGUGGAAUUGUUCGAAGAGCUCACGCCGCAGCAAUCAAUGGUGUUGCCUUGUUACUACAGGAUCACGCUGACCACAACGGCGACAUCCUUGGUGUAAGCGUCAGUAACGAUCAGCGCAUCAAGGUGUGGCAAAUCGCGAAGAACAAUCCCCGAAGAGUCGCGCUGCUGAGUUCCAUGAACAGUGGUGUAGCUGAUCCCGGUGACAUCGCGGUCGUUUGUCAAGGGGGUUCGCGUCAGGUGAUCCUGGGCGGUGUUGGACUUGAGGCAUGGAGUGUAUCGAAAUGA